AUGGAUUUUUGUACUAUAAAAUACCGUAUCACAAUUUAUCUACUUAUUGCAGCAUUACUUACACCAGACACCAUAAAUUUUAAAUUACAUUCUCUGAAUCCCGUUAAUUUACAAACCACUAAUGGUACAAAUUUGGGAAAACAACUAUGCAAUCGCAUUAAAAAAAUCGGAGAGAUUGAAAAUUAUGGAGAUCCGUAUCCUGUUGCUAAUUUAUCUAACUAUAUAUCUACUGCUAAAGAAUUCAGAGACACUUUCCAAUUGGACGGAGAGUGCAGUUACUAUGGGCGCGUUUUGUCUAUUAGACACGGAGGGUUAUUUGUCGACUUGGCUGAUGAUCAUCAGCAAAAGGUACAAGUUAAAAUUUUGUUAGGCAACGAUAUCAAAUUCUAUGAGACAAAAGUAGUUGCCAGCAAAAUCAUCGAAUUGAUAGACUUAGGUGACAUUCUAGCAGUGACUGGUAAAUGCAUAAAAACUCCUACAGGAGAGGCGAGUAUUGAAGCAAAACAUAUUACUAUCCUUUCAAAAUGCACAACUAUUCCUCCAGAUAAGAAAGGGUUAAUGAAUGUAGAAAAGAAGCUUAGAUUUAGGCACUUAGAUUUGAGAUACAACCUAGAAGCCAGAGAAGUUUUGUUGAACACUUGGCGCAUUAAACAGAUCAUUCGAGACAUACUAACUCAAGAUUACAAAUUGUUGGAAGUGGAAACUCCAAUAUUGCAAUCUAUUCCAUCGGGUGCCAAUGCUUCUCCCUUUGAAACCCAUCACAAUGCGUUGGAUAUGAAAUGUUAUCUGAGAAUUGCACCAGAAUUAUAUCUAAAACGCCUAAUAAGUUCCGGAAUAUGUGAGAAUGGAUUAUUUGAAUUUGCUAAAUGUUUCAGAAAUGAAGGAAUCACCUAUAGGCACUCACCGGAGUUCAGUUUACUGGAAAUAUACGUCAAGGGCGUUGAUUUGCCCUAUAUGAUCAGACUGUUUGAAGAUAUUGUUAACAAAUUAUACCAAAGAUUGCACAACGCACACCCACUAUACUGGGAUACGAUUGAAUACAAUGAAACUGAUGUCAUUCAGUUAAAUAAACCCACGCACAUACUGCAUUUACCAACUAGUGAAACUCCCCUUGCUAAAAAGUACAAUGAUAAUAGUACUUUUAGUUUCGAAUCCUACCUAAAUGGAAUUGAAGUUUGUCAUGGCGCAGUAGAAGAAUGUAAUCCAGUACAGCUCAGAAACAAUUUGGGCGAUAGUAUUGACCUGGAUUUCUUAAAUGCAGCUGAGAAUGGGCUGGUUCCUAUGAGCGGAUUGGGCAUUGGGUUAGAUAGACUGGCUAUGGUUUUGUGCAACCAACAAAACAUAAAAUCCACUCAAGCAUUUAAUCUGUUAAGUCAAAAAAAAUUAGAUUGCGACGAUUAA